AACAUCCCUGGUCAUCCCUACUGCCUCUGAUCUGGAGGACUCACUAAACAGAGAACAUCCCUGGUCAUCCCUACUGCCUCUGAUCUGGAGGACUCACUAAACAGAGAACAUCCCUGGUCAUCCCUACUGCCUCUGAUCUGGAGGAUCCUGGUCACAGAUCUGUUAUUUAAAGAGAUCACCCAAUAUUAGCCUGGUCACAGAUCUGUUAUAUAAAGAGAUCACCCAAUAUUAUCCUGGUCACAGAUCUGUUAUUUAAAGAGAUCACCCAAUAUUAGCCUGGUCACAGAUCUGUUUGUGCUGUCAAGUCAACUGACUCUUUAGCGUACCCGAGGACAGGGUAAGAUAUCCUUCAGGAAGACCCAGAGUCACCUCUGCUGCAGAGGAUAAGUUCAUUAGCCCCAGCCUCAGAAAUCGCAGCCCAAAUAAAUGCUUCACAGAGUUCAAGUAACAGACACAUCUCCACAUCAACCGUUCAGAGGAGACUGUGUGAAUCAGGCCUUCAUGGUUGAAUUGCUGCAAAGAAACCACUACUAAAGGACACCAAUAAAAAGAAGACACUUGCUUGGGCCAAGAAACACGAGCAAUGGGCAUUAGACCGGUGGAAAUCUGUACUUUGGUCUAAUGGGUCAAAAUUUGACAUGUUUGGUUCCAACCGCCGUGUCUUUGUGAGACGCAGAGUAGGUGAACGGAUGAUCUCCGCAUGUGUGGUUCCCACCGUGAAGCAUGGAGGAGGAGGUGUGAUGGUGUGGGGGUGCUUUGCUGGUGACACUGUCAGUGAUUUAUUUAGAAUUCAAGACACACUUAACCAGCAUGGUUACCACAGCAUUCUCCAGCGAUACGCCAUCCCAUCUUGUUUGCGCUUAGUGGGACUAUAAUUUGUUGUUCAACAGGACAAUGACCCAACACACCUCCAGGCUGUGUAAGGGCUAUAUGACCAAGAAGGAGAGUGAUGGAGUGCUGCAUCAGAUGACCUGGCCUCCACAAUCACCCAACCUCAACCCAUUUGAGAUGGUUUGGGAUGAGUUGAACCGCAGAGUGACGGAAAAGCAGCCAACAAGUGCUCAGCAUAUGUGGGAUCUCCUUCAAGACUGUUGGAAAAACAUUCCAGGUGAAGCUGGUUGAGAGAAUGCGAAGAGUGUGCAAAGCUGUCAUCAAGUCAAAGGGUGGCUAUUUGAAGAUAUCUCAAAUAUAAAAUAUACUUUGAUUUGUUUAACACUUUUUUUGGUUACUACAUGAUUCCAUACGUGUUAUUUCAUAGUUUUGAUGUCUUCACUAUUAUUCUACAUCGUAGAAAAUAGUAAAAAUAAAGAAAAACCCUUGAAUGUGUUUGUGUGUCCAAACGUUUGACUGGUGCUGUACAUCACACCACAUAAAGAGAGACCUGAGACAGCAACACAGUAUGGUAGCAACACAUGAAAACACAGCAUGGCAGCAGCACACCAUGGUAACUGCACAACAUGGUAACUGCACAACACAUAGUACAAACAUUAUUGGGCACAGACAACAACACAAAGGGCAAGAAGGUAGAGACAACAAUACAUCACGCAAAGCAGCCACAACUGGUGACAUGGACGAAGACAGUAUGAGGAAGAGAAAGGACAUGUUUAAUGGAGGCCCCGGCCCAACCUCCAAUAUGUCUGCCUCCCACUCCAAGCCUGCUGAGGAGGACGUGAAGGCGACCGUGCUACAGAAGGAGGUGGGCCUUUUGAGUGGGAUCUGUCUGAUCGUAGGAACCAUGAUCGGCUCCGGCAUCUUCGUCUCCCCGAAGGCAGUGCUGCUGGAAACGGGAGCCGUAGGACCAUGUCUGUGUGUCUGGGCCGCCUGCGGGGUGCUGGCUACACUGGGGGCGCUGUGCUACGCGGAGCUGGGCACCAUGAUCACUAAGUCUGGAGGGGAAUACGUGUACCUGAUGGAGGCCUAUGGGUCAGUGAUGGCCUACCUCUACUCAUGGAGCACCAUCAUGGUUCUUCAGCCAUCCGCCUUCGCCAUCAUCGCCCUAAGCUUCGCAGAGUACACCUCCACGCCGUUCUACGCAGGAUGCACUCCUCCCAUUGUGGUCACCAAGUGUCUGGCUGUAGUGUGCAUAUUUCUGAUAGUGUCGGUGAACUGUCUCAGUGUGAAGCUAGCCAACUAUGUCCAGAACUUCUUCACUGCAGCCAAGCUUCUCAUCAUCCUGGUAAUCAUAGUGUCGGGCAUCGUCCUCUUGGCACAAGGAAACACUGAGAAUCUGUCCAACCCAUUUGAAGGAGCCUCAACCUCCUUUGGAUCCAUUGGACUGGCGUUUUACAACGGGCUCUGGGCCUACGAUGGGUGGAAUCAGUUGAACUUUAUAACAGAGGAGCUGAAAAACCCAAACAGAAACCUUCCCCUGGCCAUUAUCAUUGGUAUUCCCUUGGUAACUGUGUGCUAUGUGCUGGUCAACAUUGCCUACUUCAGCGCCAUGACCCCUACGGAACUACUGCAGUCUCCCGCUGUCGCUGUGACUUUUGGUGACAGAGUGCUGUACCCCCUGUCGUGGGUAGUCCCUCUGUUUGUCAUCUUCUCCACCUUCGGGGCGGCCAAUGGGAGCUGCUUCACUGCCGGCAGGCUGACCUAUGUGGCAGGAAGAGAGGGUCACAUGGUAAAGAUUUUGUCCUAUAUCAGUCUGAAGCGUCUCACUCCUUCCCCCGCCCUCAUCUUCAAUGGUAUUCUGGCCGUAUUCUACAUUAUCCCAGCAGACAUCAACACCCUGAUCAACUUCUUCAGUUUCGCACUGUGGGCUUUCUACGGCCUCACAGCUCUCGCUCUCAUCGUCAUGCGCUUCACCAGGAAGGAACUCAAGAGGCCCGUCAAGUGUCCCAUGCCCAUAGCAGUGCUGGUGGUGAUAGUGUCCUGCUACCUGGUCCUAGCACCUAUCAUAGACAAGCCAGAGCUGGAGUAUCUCUACUGUACCAUCUUCAUCCUCAGCGGUCUGCUGCUCUACUUCCCCUUCGUUCACCGCAAGUUCAGCUGGACGCGCAGAGUCAUGAGGCCAAUCACCACGUACCUCCAGCUGCUGAUGGAGGUCGUUCCUCCUGACAACAACGAAUAGAGGAAGAUAAUAAACAGCCUGAACUGACUAAUGUGGACAAAUGUCUUUACUGCAUCCCAAAUGGUACCCUAUUCCCUCUGUGGUGCACUACCCUAUAGGCCCUAGUCAAAAGUAGUGCACUACAUAGGGAAUAGGGUGCCAUUUGAGACGCAGACUUAGAAAACACAGACUGUCUCAUAAUGAAGGUACUGUACUGUCUCAUAAUGAAGGUACUGUACUGUCUCAUAAUGAAGGUACUGUACUGUCUCAUAAUGAAGGUACUGUACUGUCUCAUAAUGAAGGUACUGUCUCAUAAUGAAGGUACUGUCUCAUAAUGAAGGUACUGUACUGUCUCAUAAUGAAGGUACUGUCUCAUAAUGAAGGUACUGUCUCAUAAUGAAGGUACUGUACUGUCUCAUAAUGAAGGUACUGUACUGUCUCAUAAUGAAGGGACUGUACUGUCUCAUAAUGAAGGUACUGUCUCAUAAUGAAGGUACUGUCUCAUAAUGAAGGUACUGUACUGUCUCAUAAUGAAGGUACUGUACUGUCUCAUAAUGAAGGUACUGUACUGUCUCAUAAUGAAGGUACUGUCUCAUAAUGAAGGUACUGUACUGUCUCAUAAUGAAGGUACUGUACUGUCUCAUAAUGAAGGUACUGUCUCAUAAUGAAGGUACUGUACUGUCUCAUAAUGAAGGUACUGUCUCAUAAUGAAGGUACUGUCUCAUAAUGAAGGUACUGUCUCAUAAUGAAGGUACUGUACUGUCUCAUAAUGAAGGUACUGUACUGUCUCAUAAUGAAGGUACUGUACUGUCUCAUAAUGAAGGUACUGUACUGUCUCAUAAUGAAGGUACUGUACUGUCUCAUAAUGAAGGUAAUGUCUCAUAAUGAAGGUAAUGUCUCAUAAUGAAGGUACUGUCUCAUAAUGAAGGUACUGUCUCAUAAUGAAGGUACUGUACUGUCUCAUAAUGAAGGUACUGCACUGUCUCAUAAUGAAGGUACUGUACUGUCUCAUAAUGAAGGUACUGUACUGUCUCAUAAUGAAGGUACUGUACUGUCUCAUAAUGAAGGUAAUGUCUCAUAAUGAAGGUACUGUCUCAUAAUGAAGGUACUGUACUGUCUCAUAAUGAAGGUACUGUACUGUCUCAUAAUGAAGGUAAUGUCUCAUAAUGAAGGUACUGUCUCAUAAUGAAGGUACUGUACUGUCUCAUAAUGAAGGUACUGUACUGUCUCAUAAUGAAGGUACUGUCUCAUAAUGAAGGUACUGUCUCAUAAUGAAGGUACUGUACUGUCUCAUAAUGAAGGUACUGUACUGUCUCAUAAUGAAGGUACUGUACUGUCUCAUAAUGAAGGCACUGUCUCAUAAUGAAGGUACUGUAAUGUCUCAUAAUGAAGGUACUGUCUCAUAAUGAAGGUACUGUAAUGUCUCAUAAUGAAGGUACUGUACUGUCUCAUAAUGAAGGUACUGUACUGUCUCAUAAUGAAGGUACUGUACUGUCUCAUAAUGAAGGUACUGUAAUGUCUCAUAAUGAAGGUACUGUCUCAUAAUGAAGGUACUGUACUGUCUCAUAAUGAAGGUACUGUACUGUCUCAUAAUGAAGGUACUGUCUCAUAAUGAAGGUACUGUCUCAUAAUGAAGGUACUGUACUGUCUCAUAAUGAAGGUACUGUACUGUCUCAUAAUGAAGGUACUGUACUGUCUCAUAAUGAAGGCACUGUCUCAUAAUGAAGGUACUGCACUGUCUCAUAAUGAAGGUACUGUACUGUCUCAUAAUGAAGGUACUGUACUGUCUCAUAAUGAAGGUACUGUACUGUCUCAUAAUGAAGGUACUGUACUGUCUCAUAAUGAAGGUACUGUACUGUCUCAUAAUGAAGGUACUGUAAUGUCUCAUAAUGAAGGUACUGUCUCAUAAUGAAGGUACUGUAAUGUCUCAUAAUGAAGGUACUGUACUGUCUCAUAAUGAAGGUACUGUACUGUCUCAUAAUGAAGGUACUGUACUGUCUCAUAAUGAAGGUACUGUACUGUCUCAUAAUGAAGGUAAUGUCUCAUAAUGAAGGUACUGUACUGUCUCAUAAUGAAGGUAAUGUCUCAUAAUGAAGGUACUGUCUCAUAAUGAAGGUACUGUACUGUCUCAUAAUGAAGGUACUGUAAUGUCUCAUAAUGAAGAUACUGUCUCAUAAUGAAGGUAAUGUCUCAUAAUGAAGGUACUGUCUCAUAAUGAAGGUACUGUCUCAUAAUGAAGGUACUGUCUCAUAAUGAAGGUACUGUACUGUCUCAUAAUGAAGGUACUGUACUGUCUCAUAAUGAAGCUACUGUACUGUCUCAUAAUGAAGGUACUGUACUGUCUCAUAAUGAAGGUACUGUCUCAUAAUGAAGGUACUGUCUCAUAAUGAAGGCACUGUCUCAUAAUGAAGGUACUGUACUGUAUCAUAAUGAGACAGAGGCUCUGGUUGGCAGCAGCCGUCUACAUGAUCUGGUUCCCAAACUAAUUGACUGGAUACAGGAGGUCAAUGCCUGCGUCUAAAAUCCCUCCCUAUGGCCCUAGAGAACGGGGAGCCAUCUGAGACGCUGACAAUAUGCUGCUCUUGUACAAGACUAGAGAGAAAAUAAGAGACCAACAUUAUGUCAUUAUCUUUUGCUUUUUAUUUGUCCUCGACAUUGUUUAAAAUCCCUCAUGUUUGCGCUGUUCAAGCACUUCUAUAUUAUCUAUAUCUAUGGUUUCUAUAUUAUCUAUAUCUAUGGUUUCUAUAUUAUCUAUAUCUAUGGUUUCUAUAUUAUCUAUAUCUAUGGUUUCUAUAUUAUCUAUAUCUAUGGUUUCUAUAUUAUCUAUAUCUAUGGUUUCUAUAGUAUCUAUAUCUAUGGUUUUAAUAGUUAUUUGACAAGUUAAAAGACAUAUUUGUCCCUUGUUGUCUUCUAUCUCGUCCACCAGCGGCCAGUUGAACCUGGGGACACGGUUCAUCUUAUACUGCCUACUGUGUGAUGUCAUCGUGUCACUCUAAACUGAAUGUAGAAUUUAUACUACUGAAUUCAACGUUUCAAAACCUCUUCUCUUCUUGGACUUGAAAAGUAGAUAGUGAGUUGUUGUGUUUGUGAAUAAAACAGUUUACCCUUCAA